UUUCUCUACCCAACCACUCUCCUUCCUCCGUCCCCUCCUGCAAGCAUGCUGUGAUCCUCAGCUACUUGGUUACCAAAACCGAGAGCUUAAAGGACUUUCCCCCCUCUGUUUUUGUCUACCAUCCAUCCAGACGUUUACUGAGCGGAUUUUACAGGACCACUCGGUGUUCUGGGGGGCUAUGCUGCUGGGCUGGUGAGUCUGGAGAGAAUCGAUGAAACCAUACCACAGGUAAAGGAGGUUUUUACGACGCUGCGGUACAGCUGAUCGAACACUUUGAGCGGUGACUCAACGCUCCGAGCUUCUUUUUUACCGAGUUAAAGGAGAUACUGACGCUAACUUUGGGACAACUAACUUGAGUUUCUGCACGAAUUGAAACAAAAAACCGCAAUUAUUUCCGACUCAUAAGGAGGAUGAGACCUUUUUUCUUUUGCGCAAGGAGCAAAUCAGCGUUUUUCUGCCACUUGCUCCGUCUUGACAUGUCUUUUUGUGGGAUUACACGCGGACCAAUGAGCAUUGUGAGAGGCCGAACUGGAUUGUGAGAUUACCACCUUUUGCCUUUUUUUUUAAAAAUUAUCAUUAUCCGUCUCUUCGAAGAGGAAGUGCACCGUUUAUUCAAUGGCUUCAGUGUCCAGGUCGGCGAGGCGCAAAGAUGCCGGUCACUGGCCGAAAAUGUCGUCAACUUUCUGGGCAGUGGUGCUUCUGACCGCGCUGCUGCUCAUCUACUGCGGCCAGCUGGCAGCGGGGACGUGUGAGAUUGUGACGCUGGACCGGGACAGCAGCCAACCACGGCGGACCAUCGCCAGGCAGACGGCCCGCUGCGCCUGUAAGAAGGGCCAGAUCGCCGGGACUACAAGAGCCAGACCCGCCUGUGUGGACGCUGGUAUUGUUCGGAAAAAGCAGUGGUGUGAGAUGGUGCCAUGUUUGGAGGACGAGGGCUGUGACCUGUUAGUCAAUAAAUCUGGCUGGACUUGUACACAGCCCGGAGGCCGAGUCAAAACCACCACGGCUCUAUGACGCGACAAGAGUCCCCUUCGACACUCCUGCACUAUGGAGAGCAUUGAUGACCCCUUGACAGACAGCCAAAAACCAUCUGCCAACACCACCUUACCACCAUUACCACCAACAUCAACAACAUCACAACAACUCCACUCAAACCCUGGUCCCGCAAAGACAGGAAGCAACACAAGCAGCUACAGAGCGCCAAGAGCCCCCUGGAGGAAACAAGGUCUCAUAACACAGCCAGAUUUGGGCAAACCCGGCGGUGACUGUCUGAGGGAGCGCGCUCGCCCCCGGACUCUGGACAAACGACUCGCUGUAAACCACUUCCCCCCCCCUCCCGGGCUCGUCACUGCUCUCUCCUGCUCUCUGUCGUUGGGUCAAAGCGUCGACCUCCUCUCCGCUCUAUCUGCCUGCUCUGUGAAAUAAGCAGUGCCUGCUCGUGCCACGGAGCAUCGGGCACCUUCAAAGAUCCCACGAAUGGUUUUUUGCCUCAUUGGAAGGAAUGUGUUUGGAAGUGCUUGAACAAGGGAUUUCUCACAUAUCUCUCCAUAGCCUCUAGAGCAGGAGUUCCAGAGCGAAGACAUACCGGACCCUGUUGCUUCUCGGACCACCUCGCGAGGCCGUUACAAAACAAAACUGAGCGCUCUCUGCUGUGAAUAGGCCUUCUGCUGGAGUAAACCUCCCAUAUUUUUAUAGACCAAAGAACAAAAGAACAAUUGUGAUCAUUAUGACAAAGACACACGGAGACUUUGUGAACUUGCUGUUUGUGUCGCCAUGGCGUCCGGUGGCACAAUCACGGGAGUACUUUUAAAACUUUCCAGACGUUUUUUUUUCUCAGACUAAGCCCACCACUGUAUUUUGAAACUGGAGAUAUAGGUACUACAUACGUAUAACUGUGUAUAAAAAAAAAAAAAUCUGAUUUGCAUUUUUCAGUAGCUACGGUUGGGACACUUUGCAGGAAGCGACGUCGAGUUGGAUCAGGAGCGCAAAUCAUAUCAAAGAGUUGAUGACAUCUACAGAGAGUAUAAAUGCUAUGGAGUCUGAAAAGAAGGAGUGAAGAAAUGUCAUUAAAUGUAUUUUGAAAGGCCCUAAAAAGUUAUAUAUUUAACAGUUUUAUAUGUUGUACCUUUGUAGAGAAGCUUAUCAGACUUAAAAUGUGGUCACAAUGGCAGUUUAGUAGGAUGUGAACAAAUGCUGUUGUUCUCAUGACUGCUGGCUCUUAGUCCCAGGUUUUCUGUUCACACCUCAGUAGCUGCUUUCUUUUCAUGGUCAUCUACAAAUCACUGUCUAUCAGAACCAUUAAUGAAAAAAAAGUGACACAAUUUAUCGAGGACUGAUCUGCAGCCAACUGAACAUUGUAAAUCUAUGGUAGUGGAAGCCAUUGAAAUCUGCUAAUUUGCUAUGAUAUUGUAUUGUACACGGUGUGGAAUACUGACUCAUUUCCUCUC